AUGGCUCGUCUUAACGUUGAAGAAUCGGCUAAUGCGGCCAACGAGGCAAUUCUUGAGGCACCUCAAAACUCGGCUGAUGGGCGUAAGGAGGCGUCGCUUCCAGUAUCUCCCGCGUCGCCUGGCGUCGAACCGUUGGAACAACUGGGACACGGUAACGUCCCAUUUGAUUUGGCGAGAAUUUCCCCGCGCUUUUCAGGCUCGUCCCUUCCCAUCGGCGGUAGCUCCCCGGGAACCGGAGAAAGCGCGCCUGUUUUCAGCAGCGGCAUGCUUCCGUGGCUUCGGAAUCCCAGCGAAUUGGACCUGAACCUUCCUGCGUCACCGGCGGCCGACUCCGCAGCUACUCCCGCCCUUCCGCCAUCUUCUGCGGCCUUCCCUUCGUCGUUCCAAGUGCUCAAUUCCAGCUUCUGGGACUCCAGCGCGAAUUGCGGUUUAAAUGGCGGCGCCGCGUCACCUCCUAUUUCCGAGAAUUCGUCGGAGUCGUCUUUGGUGGCGUGUGGCACUGAGAGCAGCAGUACGGACAUGGAUGACGAGGAGGAUGAUAACGAGGACGAGGAUGAGGAGGGUGAUGGAGAGGCAGACUCGGGAUUUAAGCCGCUGAGCCUGAAGAAGAAAGUGUCGGCCAUGGCCUCCCUUCCCUCACAACGAAGCCUUUCGUCCCACUUCGGAGGCAAAUCUCGGACCUUCUCGUCGCUCGCUGACGUGUCAGCCAUCCAGACCAUUCACGGCCUCGCGAAACCGCCGCCAGGCCUCUGCCUCCGCCGAAUGCGCCGUCGUUCGCGCCUCUCCUCCGCCUCUGCUCUCCGCCACAGUCCCUGCGCCAUCCCCAUCGCUGCGGCGCACCGCAGCAUAGGCAAGCACCGCCCAGGUGCUGGCGCUGGCGCUGGCAUUCGUGGAAGCAGUUUCGGACGGUUGGCGGCUCAGCAGGUUCAGUUUUCGCUGGCGCUGGCUGUGACUAUGGGAAGCCCCGGCCCCUUCCACUGUCGCGCCCUCCCCCUGCCCGUCGCGUCGCCCCCCCCCCCCCCCCCUCCCCUUCCCCUGCCCGUCGCGUCGCCUCCUCUCCCCCUGCCCGUCGCGUUCGCCUCCCCUCCUCCUGCCCGUCGCGUCGCCUCCCUUCCCCCUGCCCGUCGCGUCGCCUCCCCUCCUCCUGCCCGUCGCGUUCGCCUCCCCUUCCCCUGCCCGUCGCGUCGCCUCCCUUCCCCCUGCCCGUCGCGUCGCCCUCCCCUCCCCGCCCCUUCCCACCGUCGACAACCUCCUCCCCGCCCCUGUCUCACCGUCGCGCCCUCCUCCCCACCCCUUCCUACCGUCACGCACCCUCCUCCCCGCCCUCUCCUAACGUCGUGCGCCCUCCCCCCGAGCCCACCGUGCCCUCGCCCUCACUUAGGCUCGCGCCUCCGCGUUAGCCCGUUCCCACCCGCGAUUGGCACGCGCCCGAACCCCACUACCGCCCUGCGCGCGGGGCCCUAG